AUGACUCUAUUGCUUGGCCAUCCAGGCUGCGGAAAGACCACCUUGUUACAAGCACUUUCAGGGAAGCUUAAUCCAUCUCUCAAGGUCACAGGGGAAAUAUCCUACAAUGGUUACAAGUUCACAGAGUUUGUGCCUCAGAAUACAUCAGCUUACAUAAGUCAAUAUGACCUACACAUUUCUGAAAUGACUGUAAGAGAAACACUUGACUUCUCAGCUCGUUGCCAGGGCAUUGGAGACAGAGCAGAUAUGUUAAAAGAAAUCAGUAGAAGGGAGAAGCAAUCUGGCAUUGUUCCGGAACCAGAUAUAGACACAUACAUGAAGGCAAUUUCUGUUGAAGGAUUAAAAGGAACUCUCCAGACAGAUUAUAUAUUGAAGAUUCUUGGACUGGACAAUUGUGCCGAUACUAUAGUGGGAGAUGCAAUGAACAGAGGUAUCUCAGGAGGUCAAAAGAGAAGGCUGACAACAGGGGAAAUGAUCAUCGGUCCAAAUAAAGCACUCUUUAUGGAUGAAAUAUCAACUGGCUUAGACAGCUCCACUACCUUCCAAAUAAUUACCUGUUUACAGCAACUAACCCACAUUACAGAGGCAACACUUCUAGUAUCACUUCUUCAACCGGCACCAGAGACCUUUGAUCUCUUUGACGACAUUAUUCUGAUGGCAGAAGGAAAGAUUGUAUACCAAGGACCACGCAGUUCUGUUCAAGAGUUCUUUGAACAUUGUGGUUUUAGGUGCCCUGAGCGCAAAGGCGUUGCUGACUUCCUCCAAGAACUGCUUUCUGAAAGGGACCAAGCACAAUACUGGUAUCGUAAAGACCAACCUCAUAGUUUUGUUUCUGUGGACAACUUUAUAGUUGCAUUCAAGAAGUUUCAAGCAGCCCAAAAGCUAAAUGAAGAACUGUGCACACCUUUCAACAAACGUGAGAGUCAUAAAAGUGCCUUGUCAUUCAACAAGUAUUCAAUGGGAAAAUGGGAAUUACUCAAAACAUGCAUGGCAAGAGAAUGGCUUCUCAUGAAGAGAAACUCAUUUGUUCAUAUCUUUAAAUCGUCACAGCUUGUAGUUAUUGCACUCAUAACGAUGACCAUCUUUAUUCGCACUCGGAUGAAGCUUGACCUUGUCCAUGCAAGCUAUUACCAGGGUUCCCUGUUUUAUGCUCUCAUAAGGCUUAUGACGACCGGAAUUACUGAGUUGGCAUUAACUGUUUCCAGACUUUCUGUGUUCUAUAAGCAAAGAGAUUUCUACUUCUACCCAGCAUGGGCAUAUUCCAUUCCGGCUGCUAUUCUAAAGAUUCCAUUUUCAUUGAUGGAUGCUUUUCUGUGGACAGCUCUUACAUACUAUGUGAUUGGUUACAGUCCUGAACCAGAAAGGUUUAAUGUUAACAAAAAUUAUCUAAUGUUAAAGUAGCUAAAUUUUAACAAAUGUUAUCAUCUUCUAAGCCUAUUAUUGGUUUUCAGGUUCUUCCGCCUGCUCUUCCUCCUUUUCCUUGUUCAUCAAAUGGCAAUUUCACUAUUCCGUUUAAUUGCUUCAGUUGUCAGAGACCCACCUUUUGCAGCAAAUUUUAGUCUUUUUACAUUAUUGGUGAUAUUUUUAUUCAGUGGCUUCAUAAUUCCACGGCCUUUCCUACCUGCUUGGGUCAAAUGGGGCUUUUGGCUUUCACCACUUGCAUAUUCUGAAAUAGGUGUUGCAGUGAAUGAAUUUCUAGCACCAAGGUGGCAACAGGUUUCAUCUUCAAAUGCCACCUUAGGAAAGCAAGUUCUAGAAAAACGUGGGUUAAACUUCAGUGACUACUACUAUUGGAUAUCAGUAGGAGCAUUGAUAGGUUUCUGGAUGAUUUUUAACAUUGGUUUCACCUUUGCUUUGAGCCUUUUAAAGCCUCCAGGGAGUUCUCGGGCUAUUAUUUCUCAUGAAAGAUUUUCUUACCUAAAGGCAAAAGAGGAUUUGAGUGACAAAGCUCUGCAAAAAGAAUUGCCCAGUGUUGACUCUCUAACAGAAAGAAAAGUUAAGGAAAUGGUUUUACCUUUUAAGCCCAUAACGAUAUCAUUCAAGGAUGUGCAAUACUUUGUUGAUACUCCGAAGAAACUGAGAGAGCAGGGGUAUCCACAAAGACUACAGCUACUUCAAGAUAUUACCGGUGCAUUUAGACCUGGAGUUCUCACAGCUUUGAUGGGUGUUAGUGGAGCAGGGAAAACAACACUAAUGGAUGUACUAUCAGGAAGAAAAACAGGUGGUUAUAUUGAAGGAGACAUAAGAAUUGGAGGGUACCCCAAAGUCCAAGAAACAUAUGCUAGAAUAUCAGCUUACUGUGAGCAAACUGACAUCCAUUCUCCAAUGAUUACAGUAGAGGAAUCAGUGGUGUACUCAGCUUGGUUGCGUCUACCAACUGAGAUUAAUAAGCAUCAAAGAUUGGAAUUUGUAGCAGCGGUUCUUCAAAUGAUUGAGUUGGAUGAAAUCAAAGAUGCUUUAGUUGGCAUCCCGCAUGUAAGUGGAAUAUCACCAGAGCAGCGUAAACGGUUAACCAUUGCAGUAGAACUUGUUUCUAAUCCAUCCAUAAUAUUUAUGGAUGAGCCAACUUCGGGUUUAGAUGCCAGAGCAGCUGCAAUUGUCAUGCGAGUUGUGAAGAAUAUUGUUAACACAAAGAGGACAAUUGUAUGCACCAUCCAUCAGCCAAGUAUCGACAUAUUUGAAUCAUUUGAUGAGCUUAUUUUGAUGAAAAGAGGGGGACAAAUGAUAUAUUCUGGAGAACUGGGUCAGCAUUCAAGUAGGCUUAUCGAAUACUUUGAGGGUAUACCUGGAGUACCAAAAAUUAAAGAAAAUCAUAACCCAGCGACAUGGAUGUUAGAAGUCACCAGUCCUUCUGUGGAAGCUCAACUUGGAAUAGACUUUGCCUGUAUCUACAAAGAAUCCCAUCUCUACAAGAGAAACAAAGAAAUUGUUAAAAGCCAAAGCCUUCCAACACAGGGUUCAGAGAAACUACAAUUUUCUACACCCUUUCCACAAAAUGGAUGGGAGCAACUUAAAGCAUGCCUUUGGAAACAGCACUUGUCCUAUUGGAGAAGUCCCAAAUACAACUUAGUACGGUUGGCAUUUAUUAUUUUAUCUUCUUUGUUGUAUGGAGUCUUACUUCGGCAGAAAGGACAAAACCUACAUGAUGAGCAGGAUUUUUUCAACAUAAUGGGAUCGAUGUAUGUUUUCAUGAUAUUCACUGGAAUAAGCAGUUGUUCAUCUGUUCUUCCAUUCGUGUCUACUCAGAGGACAAUAGUCUACCGUGAAAGAUUUUCCAGAAUGUACUCUUCAUGGGCAUAUUCGUUGGCACAGGUGAUUAUUGAGAUUCCUUAUAUCUUUCUUGAAGCAGUAUUAUUCCUGACAAUCACUUAUCCAGCUGUAAACUUCUAUGGAUCCGCUUACAAAGUAUUUUGGUACUUUUACACCGUAUUUUGUACGCUGCUCUAUUACAAAUAUUUAGGCAUGAUGUUGGUUUCUUUGACUCCAACUUUCCAAGUAGCUACAAUAUUUGCAAGCCUCUGUUACACGUUGUUCAGCUUGUUCUCAGGGUACCUCAUACCAGGACCGCAAUUUCCUAAAUGGUGGGUUUGGGGCUACUGGAUUUCCCCAAGUUCGUGGUCCCUGAAAGGUCUCCUCACUUCACAAUAUGGAGACAUAGAGGAAGAAAUCAAGGCAUUUGGAGAGCAAAAAGCACUCAACACCUUCUUGGACAGUCAGUAUGGGUAUAAACAUCGAGAUCUACCCAUAAUAGCCGUUGUACUACUUGCUUUUCCGCUUGUCUUUGCAUCUGUUUUUACAUAUGGUAUAGCUAAACUAAAUUAUCAAAGGAGAUAACACGCUUCUACUUGAAUUCCUAACCUCUCAGGCAAACUUUUGUAAAAGUAUAAAUUUAUUUGCCCAUUAAUUGUAAAUAUAUAUUCCUACAAUAAGUUACUAUGAUCCUAACAAACAAUUCUA